AUGCGGCUCCACCUCACCAUCCAGCGUCACGGCCUGCCCGUGACGCGCAUUCUCUGGACGACGUCACCCCCGUCGCUAUUCGGACAUAAUCAUGCGAGCUCCUCGUCCAUGAUCCCUGCUACGUCCUCUGCUGUCACGUCGUCGCGCGUUCCCAAUGCGUUAUAUGCAAAUGGAGGAUACACGGUUGCGCAUUUACUGGAGGAUGUGAACGAAGUCAUUCCGCUCGAAACCGAACCCCGACUAUUCGAGGAUGAAUCAAGUGGACAGUGGGGCUUGGAAGACUAUGUGGUCGAAGUGGGCGGCUCAGAGUGUUUGCAUUUUAUGGAGGUGGAUGGCUUGUUGAGGGAAGGUGAUGAGGUCUUGAUACGGGCACUACAAAUAUCGGAUCUGAGAGCGCGUCGCCUCUCUGGCAGACACCAGAUCUCAAUGGAUGGGAAACAUCUUAUCGAUGGGGUGCCGUUUGGGAAGCCGUUCCUCAAAAGGCCUACGUCGUCGCGGCCGGCUAUCACGAUUCCGCCGAGGAAGAAGAGACGCACCGCUCUUUCGAUUUGGGGCAGCGGAAGUAGCUACGAAGAGGAGGAUACCGAGUGGGCACCGCCUCAGCAAAUAUCGACGGGAAAAGAGCUAUCCCUGCUCAAUCCUGCCAGUGGGCUCGAGAAGGAGGACGAUGACGAUGACGAGUACGAGGAUGCUUACCGGGAUGAUUAUGAGGAUUACCACGAGCCGAACGAAGAUGGCGACGGGACUGUUAUUCGGCACAACAUCGACAGAACACUAGAAGGUGCGGAAGAUGAUCAUCAGGGGUCCGACGGCGUGGUCGAAGAUCUCAGCCAGGAAUUGCAGGAUCUCAAAAAAGACAUGGAGGCACCGUUGGUACCAAAGGAGGGAAAUGCUACCAAGAGGGAAAAGUCUCGCAGUCAGUCAUUGCGCUCACGUCUAAGUACACUGCAAGCCGUUCCGAGAAAGAGCUCUCUUUCGCGUCCCUCUAUGAGAAGAUCAUCUGACGCUUCACGGAGGGACUCCAAAAGUGUCACAUUUGAUCAACAGAAACAGGACUCACCAAAGGUCAACGUAGAAACAGCGCUUGCUAGGGCUGGGUCCACCUCGGAGGAGCCUGAAGAUGUUAUGUCUAGUGAGAGUGAUAGCAGCAGCUCCGCGAGUGAUUCCGUCGUGUCGGAAUCAAGUGACGAGGAGGAGGAGGAGGAGGAGGAGAUAGACUUGUCUUCAGCCUCGUCUUCGGUAUCAGAAGCCGCAUCAGAAUCAUCAUCCGAGUCAGACUCUGAUUCUUCAUCCGAGAGUUCGCCAUCUGAAUCUGAAUCCGAAUCAGAGGCAGAAUCCGAAGCUGAUUCGGGAAAAGAAGAUGUCGCCGACACUAGCAAUAUCCUGAAACCAACCCACAACAUGAAUCCGCCUGGUGCAGGAUCACUACGAACUCGAAAGUCUAAUCAACGGUGCAAAUUACGGCGAAGGCUCACGAAACUCAAGGAAUUGGGCAUACUUGAUAAAGCAGCCGAUUUUGCCGCUCUUCGACAGUGGGAGGCUGAACACGGUGACUCCUUUUAUGUACCUGGAGCAGUCAUCGAUCUCAAAGCGAAGGCGCAGGAGGAGUUUGAGGCAAAACGCCAGAAGCUACUCCUUGACCUGGAGUCAGGCGGUGUCGAUAUAACCCCCUACUCCGAAAAGGAGAAUGUCACCCCGACGCCCGUUGAGCACGAUGUGUCAGAGUUACCUGAAGACCAUGAUGAACAAUAUGAGACUGCAAAUGACACCAACGAGGCUAGCCCGGAGGUGCCCCAGCGCCGGACAUUGGAUGUCGCUAGCACGCGGCGGCUCCUUUUCGGCUCCCUUGGCGUUAGGGCUCCUCGCUCUAAGGAGGAAGAAGAGGCCACUCGAAGGAAGCUGGCGGGAAAGGCUCAGAAAUUCAUUCCUCAAAAGACAACACAAAAUGUCCCUGAAGACCAUGAAACUGAGUCUGAAGUGGACUGGCGUGAGAAGUUAAUACUUGGGGCUACUGAGUGUUUUUACGACGACAUUGAACUGAGUACUCCGCCAUUUCCGUUUGAACAGCGGUGGGACCCAGAAGCAACAGAGCUCAUCAGACAACGAAAGCAAAGGGGAAAGAAAAGGAAAAGGAGGCAACAGGUCCAGGAAUAUGAUGAGGAAGAGAAUACUGGAUAUGACUAUUAUGGCGAGGAAGACACGCAGCUGAACUACGACGACUCUGAGUUCCCUGAGGCUCAGAUCGAUGACAAAGUCGAAAGUGAGCAGGCAGCUUUCAAGUCGGUCGAAAGCACCAUAGACGAUCUCCCAGCGCUACCAAGUGAUACUAGUGGUCUGGCGGGUGUCACUGCACAGGAGAUGAAACCAGGUCUUGUAUUCGCCUUCAAGCAGCUCGACGUGUCAAGAGCUACAAACUGGCAGCCUACUGUAUCUGAGUUUCGAGUUGCAGUUGUCACCGACGUCUUCGACAACAACAUACUCGGUAUUCGACUUGCAAAACCAUACCGAAGGGAGCCCAAAACCGACGAUGAUGAGGGUCCGUUCCAGUACAGUGGCUUCGAGAUGCCCGGCAUGGACGACGAAGAGGGGGAGGAUGACGGAUUCCGUGAGGUGCCAUUCGACGACCUCAUCGACCCGAAGCUGCUCCGCGCUGCGCCGACUGCAGAUGCUGGAGAUCAAGAUACCGCCAGCAUACUUCCUGCAGGCGAAGAACCACCUGCGCCAGAGCCGAGUCAGUCUGCGGUCGAUGAUGCCGUCCUAGUUUCUGAACACGGGGAAGACCAGUUGGCAGCAAUCAGCAGCCAGAAACCGUCUUCUCCUAUAAUUGACCGUAUUUCCACUUCUAAUUUUGUCACGCACCCCGAUAGCCCUGUUCAAUCACCACGAUUUGAAGGAUUCGAGCCUGCUAGUUCGCCUCCAAGCUCUCCCGCGAGCGGUCCCUCUUUAGCAGCGAGUUCAAACAAAAGGCACGAUGAGGAUGAGGAACAAAGGGCUCCUUCAACACCUAAAGAAAAGCAUGGGAAUGAGCAGUCUGAGCUGCCCUCGACUUGCCCUCCCAAUGCAGAUGAUCACGAUCAGCAAGAAUCAGGCUUGACUGAUCAACUCCAACCGAUCAGCACCCCCAGCGACAUGGGCUCCUUCAACCGGGUACUGGACUAUUUGGCCAGCCAAGAUCCAUCUUCUCCGAUAGGAAACUCUGUCAAAAGUGAAAGGAAAGGGAGUCCUUACAAGCCGUCCCCGGAAAUCAGCUCUCCAACGGUACCUACUCCAUUCUACGAUGUCGACAAACUCGAGGAGCGUCGCCGGCUUGCUCGCAUCGACCGCAAAAAUGGGCGUGCAUCGAGUAAGCGGCAGCCACUCAAGGUCGAAGUUCCCUCAUCCCCAGAAUUCGCGCGCAAAUCCUCUCGCAAAUCCUCCCCUUCUACGCAGGAUCCAUCAUUGGCUAGUGUGGUCCCAGAUAGCGUUCAGCCGCCGGCGAGGAACGAGUCUCCGCCAGUGUCACAGGUGUCCGAGCAUUUCAUUGAUUUGACCCAGUCCAGCCCUCCCGUAUCUCCCGCCGGGAGCGACAAGGACUAUGCAAAGACUCACCCGCUUCCGCGAGGGCCAGGCUGGGUGUCAAAGAACUUUCCGCGCAGGCAGACCAGACAGUCGUCUCAAUCGAGUAGGAUAGUCCAAACAUUGAAUACAGGGAGCAUCAGCCCGCCCCGACGAAGGUGA